CACUAUGACAGAAAGAGGGAGUGUGUGAACAGGUGAAGCGGUAGAGUUGGUGUAAACGGAGCUGAAGAAAACAAGAUCCGAUAUUUGCUGGAGAACUUGAACUUCUGGUUAUCAUUGAAAGAUUAUCAAACUGGGUUUCCCCACAUCCAAUCGGUAACACAAGAAUGGCUUCAAAGGAGGGAGUGGGUGAAGCCGAAGAGUUCGUGUACAGAAUCAGCACGGCGAAGGAGUGGGAAGAGUUGCAAAAGACUGGGUCUAUCUUCGGUGGAGAACUUGACAAGUCUUCUCGUUUCAUCCAUCUCAGCAGUCUCCAUCAGGUACAUCCAACAUUACAGAAUUUUUUCUUGAACAACAAGGGGGAUUUGUACUUGCUUCAAAUCGAGGCUAAGAAGCUUGGUGACGGAUUAGUAUAUGAAAUUGUGGAUGGUUCCAAUAGCUUUCCCCAUUUCUAUGGCCCAUCUGGAAGUUUUAGUCCUCUUCCCUUAUCAGCGGUCACGAAAGCAGAGAAGCUGUCUCUAUCUGGUGGCCAGUUCAAAUGUAGUUUGCUAGAUUAAGCAGUUAUGUUAAGUUGCUUUGAUUUCUUCACAUCCCUUUUGUAUUGUGGGCAGAAAGAGAGAGAGAGAUUCAUGUUGGAAUUGUUAUUAUUACUGUGCUAAGAUAUGGAAUAGGUGGUAAGACUUCAUAGUAGUAGUUGGAUCUGGUUGAUAUGCAUAAUAACAUACGUAAUAUUCUAUUGUGGGACUCAAAGUUCCACUGUUGUGCCA